AGCGAGACGGAUAGGUGGAGUGUACGUACUGGGUUAGGUAGCGAUCCUUUGAGAUACUUCUCUCUUUAUCGAUCUCAUUUUACUCAGACAUGGCGUUGAACCGAAAUCACUCACGCAGCGGUGGAGUAUUAAUUAACAAUGGCGAAAGUGUGCUGAGCCAGUGUCCGGAUGUGGAGCUGUCCUUCAGCAACAUCACCAGCAAGACAGAGCUGCUAAGGGGAACCAAGAAGGGCACCGUCUACCUGACUCCAUACAGGAUGGUGUUUGUGUCCAAAAAUGCUAAAGACAGUCUGGGCUCAGUCAUGUUCCCCUUUUACCUGAUGAAGGGUUGCAGCAUUGAGCAGCCAGCCUUUUCUGCCAACUACAUUAGGGGCAUGUUAUAUGCUGAGCCUGGGGGGGGCUGGGAGGGCAAGGCUAAUUUCAAGCUAGCUUUCCUAAGCGGAGGUGCCAUAGACUUUGGACAGUACCUUUUCAAAGUGGCUACAAAUGCAUCUCGUUCAGCAAAAAAUAGGGGCACCUCAUAUGGUUAUCCCUCCCCUGGGGAAGUGAAUGGCUGUGGCCCUCCAAAAGUACCCCACAGUUACCCCUACGUCCUCCAGCACAAUAAUAUCUACCAAGGUCCUCCCACUACUCAGGGCAUCAUGGGAUAUUCCCACCCAACUGCCCCUUCAGGAGUAUUCCCCUCUAUCCCAACUGCCCCUGUCUACAUGCUCCAGCCUCCCCCAUAUCCUGGACCCCCCCAGAAUUGGACCUCCUCAGAAAACCCUAAGCCAGCUGAAUCAGCUCCCAGUGCCUACUACAAUCCUAAGACCCCUCAUAAUGUCUACAUGCCCAUGGAGCCACCCCCUCCAUAUGCCCCCUAUCCACAUUUUCCGGACAAGAAGACCAACUAAAGACAUACAAAUCUAAUUACUGGACAUUGUUAAACUGUGAACACUGUGA